AUGGCAACUAAUAUUUUACAAUCUUAAGUAAGCUUAGGUCACUAGGAAGAUAAAAAAUAAUGCUUUAACGAAAUUCCUGAUAGGUUUAAAUGCUUACAAAAAAUUGGAGAGGGAACCUAUGGUAUUGUUUACAAAGGAUUUGAUACUUAAACCAACACACAAGUAGCUAUUAAAAAAGUAAAAUUAGAUUAGGAAUAAGAAGGUAUUCCUCAAUCUGCCCUUAGAGAAAUUUGUAUAUUAAAGGAUUUAAGCGACCAUUAAAACAUUGUCAAAUUAAGAGAUGUUAUAUAUCAAAUUGAGGAAAGUAAACUAUUUCUUGUUUUUGAAUAUGUUGACUAUGAUCUAAAGAAGUAUUUGGAAACUAUGAAACAUUUAACAUAACAUGAUAUAAAAUUAAUAAUGUAUCAACUCUUAAACGGUUUAGAUUUUUGUCACUAAAGAAGAAUCAUUCAUAGAGAUAUUAAACCCUAAAAUAUACUUAUUGAUAAGGCUGGAAACGUUAAAAUAGCAGAUUUUGGUCUGGCUAAAACUUUUUAAGUACCAAGCAAAACGCUCACUCAUGAGGUAGAAACUCUUUGGUACAGACCACCUGAAAUUUUAUUGGGUGUAAAAACUUACUCCUUGGCUAUAGAUAUGUGGAGUAUUGGCUGCGUAUUCUAUGAAUUGAUGGAAAAAAAACCUUUAUUUAUAAGUGAUUCAGAAAUAGAAGCCAUAUUUAAAAUCUUUUAAUUUCAUGGUACUCCCAAUUCAGAAACAUUUUAAGGAUUAGAAGAUUAUCCUUACUUUAAGUCUACAUUCCCUCGUUUCCAUGCUUAAGAUCCUUUUAUAGUAUUUAAAAAUUUAGAAAAUGAUGCUCGCGACUUACUUAUGUAAAUGAUAGCCCUUAAUCCUUUAGACAGAAUAUCAGUAAAGUAAGCUCUUUUGCACCCAUAUUUCGAUAGCCUUACAGAAAGCGAAAAGACUGCAUAUAACUAAUAUAAUACCAACCAAUACAUGAAAUUUUUUUCAAUUUGA